UCCUCGUUUGUGGGGAGGGUGAAUAGUUCAGUCCUACCAACAUGGCCGCCACCAUGAAGAAAGCGGCUGCAGAAGAUGUCAAUGUUACUUUUGAAGAUCAACAGAAAAUUAACAAGUUUGCAAGAAACACUAGCAGGAUCACAGAGCUGAAAGAAGAAAUAGAAGUGAAAAAGAAACAGCUUCAGAAUUUGGAAGAUGCUUGUGAUGACAUCAUGAUGCUUGAUGAUGGUGAUUCAUUUCUGAUACCCUACCAAAUUGGAGAUGUCUUCAUUAGUCAUUCCCAAGAAGAGACACAAGAGAUGCUGGAGGAGGCAAAGAAAAGUUUACAAGAAGAAAUUGAAGCAUUAGAAUCCCGAGUGGAAUCAAUUCAGAGGGUGUUAUCUGACCUGAAAGUUCAGCUCUAUGCAAAGUUCGGAAAUAACAUAAAUCUUGAGGCUGAGGACAGUUAAAGGUGUUCUAAAUAUA